AAAGAUAAAAAUAAAAAUAAAGAAAAGUUGGUGCAUGCAUGGAGAAGAAGGUGAUGAAUAUUAAAGCUGCAGCAAUGAUGGAAAUAUCUAGAGCACUAGGACUCAUCUCUUAUCUUCAAGCUUAUCUGUGUCCAUUAAUACCAGCCAAGAAGGAGAUGGAGCAAGCCACUAAUCUUCUUCAAGAGAUCAUGAGCUCACUCUUACAGUCUGUCACUAUUCUUAAUUCUAUUGCUGCUGCUGAUCAAAGGAUUCCCUAUGAAGAUACUGCUACUACUGUUAAGAGAAGGAGAGUACAUGAUUCAACUAGAAUUGUUACAACUAAUCCAUUCUGUGAUGGGUAUCAGUGGAAGAAGUAUGGAGAGAAGGAUAUCAAGAACUCUGAUUUUCGAAGGAAGUAUGGUCUGAAGGAUAUCAAGAACUCUAUGUUUCCAAGAACAUACUACAAAUGCACAAAUGAAGAAUGCAAAGCAAGGAAAAAAGUGCAGCAACAAGACAAAAACAUGCCUUCAAACUUCAUGGUCAUUUAUGACAUGCAACACAUAUGCAAUAAUACUGUCCAGGAAACCAAAAAAAACUUAUUGUCACCUUCAACUUCAACUAUAAAUUUUGGUUCCAUUCUAGAAUCAAGCUCUUUCAUGAUGGACAAUAUUAAUCAACAAGAACAAACCUUAUCUUCAAUCUCUGAUCAGUUCCAAAUUACUAACACAGUACUGUACAAUGAUAAUAUUAGUGUUGCAAAAGCAGUGCAGGGUGCUGAAAGUACUGGUGAUAACAUGGCAGGGAUAUUCUCACCUUUGUCUCCUUUAGAUUGUAAUGAGAUUCAGAAUGCUUUGGAGCUUUUCAACCUUGUGGAUCAUGAGGAUGGUUCAUUUGCUGAGGAUGAAGAUGACUCUCUCUUUUGAUCUAAGUCUAUGCAUGCAUAUGUAUGUUUUCAUAAAUUACGUAUGGUUUUGAAACGUUUUUGAGAGUUUGAGAGUUUAUGUUUGAAGUUGUGUGUUUGUAGUUGAUGAAGAAUGCAUCAUGAGUCUGUUUGCCUUUUCGUUUUACACUAAUAAAUUUGUGUGUUUUUCCCUCU